AUGAGUUCUGCCCCUGCCAGUGCUGCUGCCACUACUACAGCAGCGCCUACUACGACUUUUAUCCCUGCUGAUUACAGCACUGGCCCCGACUUCGAGGGUUGGUAUCUGCAGACCACACCGCAACCAAUUUUUUGUGGUGGGACCCUUACCUACUAUACUAGCAGCACCUAUGCGCAAUGCUACGAUCCCUCGUCGUCGGCGCCUAUGCCUACGGGCUGCUCUGACACCUUAUUGUUGAUGGCUUCAGACAUGGCUGGUGCUUGCGACCCUGCAUACACAUGUGGCUCUUACAAGAUCUAUCCAACUGAAGGCGCCCCUGAUGACGAGGGCGUCACGCUAUACAACUGCUUAGCCAACUGGGCCGCCGACAGCAUCUAUAGAUCGCUGCCGGCCAGAUAUGUUUCCGAGACCGCAGGCACGGAAAAGACCGCCACAGCAACAAAGCAGUCUAUGACCACUGCCAAACUCCCCCACAGCAAAACCGCCUCAAUCUCCAUGCCAACCGCCACUGGCACCUCGUCCAGCAGCUCCGGCAUCUCAGGCGGCGCCAUUGCCGGUAUAGUCGUCGGGUGUGUCGCAGCUGUCGCCCUUGUCGGUCUCCUCUUCUUCUUCCGCAAGAAAAUCAUGGCCUUCUUCGGCAAGGGAGGACCUCACGCCGACGGCGGUCCAACCUGGUCGCCCGUCGAAGCGCCCCCAGGUACUCAUUCUGAGAUGGCUACGGCCGAGGGUACGGUGCCGCCCUCAGAGAUGUCUUCCGAGGCGAACGCUGUGCAUGAGAUCGGGUCGUCACAGACUGGCAGUGAGGGACGGCCUGCGGUUGUUCAUGAGUUGAGCUGA